AUGGUUGGAAAGGGCUACUCAUGGUUCUGGUUGGUUGGGAAUACUUCUGCUGGAGGGGGAGUGUACAAAAGUGGAAGGGACUCACCCUUGAGGGAGAGAUUGUUGGGAAUCCAAAUGAAGGUUCUUCUUGGAUCCCAAGAUGUAUGUGACAUAGUGGAGGACAGGUACAAUGAACCCGCGAAUGAUGAGCAUCAGACAUUGAACCAGAUUGCUGCAUUGAAAAAGACACGAGUGAAAGACAGAUCGAAAAUAGCUAAUGCAAAGUCAACAAAAGAAGCAUGGGAAAUUCUGAAUGUGACAUACAAAGGAGAUACCCGCGUGAAGCAAGUCCGAGUACAAACUUUCAGAAGAGAGUUUGAACAUACGGAGAUAGAUGAAAAUGAGGGAGUUGUCGAGUUCAUAGCUAGAGUGCAAAAGAUGGCCAACCAACUCGGAAUGAAUGGAGAAGAGGUUCCUCUUAACCGGGUUGCGGAAAAGAUCUUGAGAAAUCUAACGGAUGAUUUUGAAAAUGGCGAGGAAGCCGAUGACGAGGUUGACGUGGCUGAGGUAAUUUUUAGAAUGAUAAUGAAGAGCAAACCAGUCAGUAGAAUUGGCGUAACCGAGGACAAGGAAAAGGCCGAGGAGAUCGGUCAAGACUUUAGUGUUUUAAGUGUGGUAGGCCAUAUUGCAAAGUAUUGCAAGACAAAGGCAAAUGGGGAGAGGAAUCUCCUUAUUGAAGAUGUAGAAGAACUAUUGUUGGCAAAGAGCUCGGAUAUAGUGGACAUGGAAAAUUCGCUCUCAAUAAUGGAUGAAGUGAUCUCGGUAAAAGGUGUGACAAACAUGGAAAAUGAACUCAAACAAAAAGAGGAAGAGAUUCAGCGGAUAGGGAGGCUUCUAGAUGAAGCUAAUGAAAUUAUGAGUAAACAGAUGAUUGAGCUUGAGGAGCUGAAGAGGAUGGCUCUUGAAAAAGAAGAUAAAGCAUUUAGCGUUCUUGAACCAAAUAAAAAUAGGGAAGAAGAAGAUAAAGAAGAGAUGAAGGUUGAUGAGAUUUCUACCAACUCGGUACUGUAUUUAAAGGAUAAACAUGGUCGUCUAACAACCCAGCUAAAAGCAAAGAAGAACCAGUUGUAUGAACUAGAGCUGAAAAUCUUGGAGUGA